AUGGUGCAUGGUUUACACGGUUUUAAUGCAGAAGAAGAAGUCCUUUUCGAGGAUGCCUGUGAGUUCUUUGUCUCAGACACAGAUGGGGAGAUACAACUAGACAUGGACGAGUUAACCACUCUAAUACCGACGGGCACUUACUCCAUGCAAACUGACCCAUCGGAUUACGACUAUGACACCGGAUCGACCGAAGACCCCGGCAUGUGUGACAGAAGCUCGGUCAGGGGGUUUCGGAGUCAUUACGAGCCACCUCUUUUCUGGAUCAUCUUCAUCCUGGGUUCUGUGGGCAACCUGCUGGUGGUUUGGAUUUACACCACCGUGCGCCACCGCCUCAAAACGAUGACCGACGUGUACCUGCUGAACCUGGCCGUCGCUGACCUCCUCUUCCUCUGCAUGCUGCCCUUCUGGGCCGUUGAGUCCAUCAAGGGCUGGGACUUUGGCGUCAGCCUCUGCAAAAUCGUGUCCGCUGUCUACAAGAUCAACUUCUUCAGCAGCAUGCUCCUUCUCACCUGCAUAAGCGUGGAUCGCUACAUCGCUAUUGUGCAAGUCACCAAAGCUCAGAACCUAAAGAAAAAGAGGCUCUUCUAUAGCAAACUUGCUUGUGUGGGUGUCUGGCUUGUCUCACUUCUUCUCGCCCUGCCCGAGUUAAUCUUUGCCGUGGUGAAGACAGGCCAAAACAACAAACCGUCUUUCUGUACUCUGGUCUACUGGGACAACGCGUUCAAUCAGACCAAGAUACUGGUGCUGUCCCUGCAGAUUUGCAUGGGAUUCUGCCUUCCCCUCUUGGUCAUGGUCUUCUGUUACUCAGUCAUCAUUUGUACACUCCUGCAGGCCAAGAGUUUUGAGAAGCACAAGGCCCUGCGCGUCAUCUUUGCCGUGGUGUCCGUGUUUGUCUUCUCCCAGCUCCCUUACAACGCCCUGCUGAUUGUGGAGGCCACGCAGGCAGCCAAUACUACCAUCACAGACUGCAAAACUGUCAUAGCUUUCGAUGUGGCGGGACAGGUUGCCAAAAGCCUGGCAUUCAUGCACGCCUGCCUCAACCCAUUCCUGUAUGUUUUCAUUGGAGUCAGGUUCAGACAAGACCUCCUGAGGAUAGUGAAGACGUGUGCUGGUGGUCUGAGCAAAGGGGGGCAAAGCAAAACCCUGGGAGUUCCAAAACGUCCCUCUGUUAUGUCAGAUACUGAUACUACUCCUGCUCUUUCCAUAUAGAUGCCAAUUUUACCUCCCAAAAAUCCUAUACCUGAGACCUGAGCCAAUUAGUUUUGUUUCUAACUUUGUUCCUAAUGCAUUACCUUAUUAACCAUGUUACCUGCAAAUCAUCAGUAACCUUAAGAACCCUAAAAUAAAAACAAUUCUCCAUGGUUUACACCCAUUUAAUUGACAGUCACAGGGGCAUCUGUUCACCUGUAUUCACUGUAUAAAUUGUAUAUUAUUGUAAAUAUUGUUUUUUAAGGGUUUGUAUUUUUUACAUUUUGUCUUUUGUGCUUUUUUUUGUAUUUGUUUGCGGUUGAAUGAUCGAAAAAAACAAACAUGUUUUUUAUUCUGUCAGGUUGAAAACCUCAUUAAAGAUAA